AUGACCGAGAGAACAUAUAAAAAAGAUUUAGAUGUCAUAAAUAUAUGGUUCAGAGAAGAAGUCACACGUGAAUCUGAUUUAGAUAGUGAAAUUAUAAUUGGUUUAAUUGAAUUACUUGCUGAUGCACAUGGACCAUGUCUUCAAGAAAUGGAAGUAAGACUUGCAAGAUGGGAAACAAAUUCACGACAUAAUAUUGGUGAUUUUAUUUACAAUACACUUUUAAAUAUUUUACCACUUUACGAUCAAUACUUGGAAAAUUUAAUGCCUGUACUUGAAAAAAUUGAAUAUUCAACACGUACAUCACGGCAUUUUGAUCAAUUAUGUCGUGAUUUUGAAUCACAAAAAUAUUGCUAUCUACCAUUGAGCUCAUUUUUGUUAAAACCACUUCAACGAUUACUUCAUUAUAACAGUAUUAUUGACAGAUUAUUGGAUCAUUAUCCAAAAGAUCAUCCAGACUUUGAAGAUUGUCUUGCUGCAAGAGACAGACUUGGUGAAACUCUUCUCGAAGGCUUGACAGUUUUAAAUCAAGCUGAAAAUUUUGUUCAACUUUGUGAAUUGCAAAGAGAUAUUGGUGGUUUUGAAAAUUUAGUACAAGAAGGAAGAAAAUUUAUUCGUCAAGGAUGUUUACAAAAAUACAGUCACAAGGGUUUUCAACAAAGAAUGUUUUUUCUGUUUUCUGAUGUUUUACUUUAUACAUUCCGUACUCAACAAUCACAUCAAUGCUUCAGAGUUCAUGGUCAAAUUGCAUUGAAAGAAAUGACAAUUCAAGAUAGAGAUAAUAAAACAGGAUCAGAUUUUGUUUUUGUAAUAAAUGGUCAAGGAAAUCAAUCAUUAACAGUCGCUGCAAGUAAUGAUGAAGAGAGAGAAAGAUGGCUCGAAGAUUUAAACAUGGCAAUAUCAGAAAUUGAAAAUUCAGAUCCAGAAAAAACAAAUCAAUUGAGUGGAUUUUUAUUACGUAAAUUUAAAAAUAGCAAUGGAUGGCAAAAAUUAUGGGUUGUUUUUACAAAUUUUUGUCUAUUUUUUUAUAAAUCACAUCAAGAUGAUUUUCCAUUAGCCAGUUUACCACUUCUUGGUUAUGCUGUUUCAACACCAAUUGAAACAGAUGGAAUAAAUAAAGAUUUUGUAUUCAAAUUACAAUUUAAAAAUCACGUAUAUUUUUUCAGAGCUGAGAGUGACUUUACAUUUGGCAGGUGGAUGGAAGUUAUCAAAAGUGCCACGCAACAGAGUCACAUUCCCGUCAAUUUUAAUCAUAAAGAUAAUUAUUAAUAUUAACAUUAUGAAUUUACAAAAUCGGACAGCUGCAUGUAUUUAUUUUUUACUUAGUCUGCUCAAAUAAUCAGUCAAGUAAUAAUAAUGAUUACUUGAAUGCUUAGAAAAUGAAGGACCAAUUUUUAAAUAUUAACGAAAAGAAAAAUUGAUAAACUUGAGGCCUAUUAGAAUAAUUUUUUUUUAAAUAUUAUGUCCAUUAGAUAAUAUUCACAAAAUUGCCUCUAAAUUUAUAAUCAAUUCAAUCAAAAAAAAAACUAAAUAACCGGUGACCCGAAGAACUUGUUUUUGCCUGAAUAUAUGCAAUUUAGGUCACCGAAAAAAAAAAUAAAAGAUAAAAUUUAUAUUUAUCUGUUUUUUUUUUUUUUUAUACAUAAUUUAAGAAUAAUUUUCUUUAAUUUUUUACAAGUUUAUUAGGAUAAGUUAUGUCUUGUAAAUUAAGACAAUAAUUUGUUGACAAUUUAAUGUAUUAAUUUUUUUUAAAAACAACAGUUGUUUUAUUUAAAAAAAUAUAGUAUUUAAAAUUUACGUUUUGAUUAUAUAAUUUUAUAUAAAAAAAAAGUCUCUCACAAGUAAAUAUUAUAAAUAAUAAAUUCAUUUUUUUAUUGUAUAUAAUAAUUUACAUAUGAUUAUUAGAGAAGUCAGGUGGAAUUUUUGAUUGUGUUUACACUGAGUUUAAUUAAAUUCUCGUGAUGUAACAUCAAACAUAUAUUGCUAAACUUUUCCUUUUUUUU